CAUACGCCCGACCUCGGCUGUCAGUGGUCGGAUUUUGUGUACUAUCGGGCCGAAAGGGUGACGGCACCGCUAGGAUGAAGCUCGUGAGAUUUUUGAUGAAAUUGAGUCACGAAACUGUAACCAUUGAAUUAAAGAAUGGAACACAGGUCCAUGGAACAAUCACAGCUGUACAUGUCAGUAUGAAUAUGCAUCUUAAAGCAGUGAAAAUGACCCUGAAGAACAGAGAGCCGGUACAGCUGGAGACACUGAGUAUCCGAGGAAAUAACAUCCGGUAUUUCAUUCUGCCGGACAGCUUACCUCUGGACACCCUGCUCGUGGAUGUGGAACCGAAGGUGAAGUCUAAGAAAAGGGAAGCUGUUGCAGGAAGAGGCCGAGGCCGAGGAAGAGGACGUGGCCGAGGCCGAGGCAGAGGAAGAGGGGGUCCUAGGCGAUAGUGUCUCUCAAGACUACUAUUUCAAAGUAGAGGGGAAGGAAGACUAAUCCAUGACAGAGGAAGACUAUGUGGCUGUGGCAGAGGAGUUGGAGGUCCUAAGCGAUAAUGUACCUGGAGCUUUUUUGUACAGGCUUUGUUUGUUUGUAGCAGUUUUUAAUAAACAUAGAUGUAACAACA